AUGCUUCUUAAGCAAGUAACUCAGUCUAGUAAAAUCGUUAAGCGCGGCCGAGGCCGUUUAAGACUCGCUUUAAAUGUUGCUUUUUCAAGAGGUGCUGUUAGUAGUGCGAGCGGUCUAGCGAGUAAAAGUAGAGGUUUUAAAAGUAAUCUCGAUAGCUUUGCAGGUUUUGCUUUUGCUCUUAAGACUUUUAAUUUGAAUAUAGCUUUUAUUAAAUUGAAUAGUCUUAUAAUAGCGAAUCGUGAUCUAAUGAUUCGAAGCGCUUCGAGCAUGUUACCUUUUCCUCUUGCGCUUGCCGCUUUUGUUGCUCCCGUCGCCUUCGCAGCUCUCGUCGCUUUCGUCGCACUUAUUAUCGUCGCUCUUUUUACGCUAAUUGUUGCGCUUGCCGCUCUCGCAGCAGCGCUCGCCGUUGCUAUGACUUUUGCGGAGCGCCGAGCUAAAGUGAAGAGAUUAUUAAAAGCUUUGAUUGAUCUUUUGUUAUAA